ACCAAAUGCAGCAGGGAGACUCCGCGCAUGCGCACUGGAGUCUCAGCAGGAGCCGCGGUGUAACAUGGCGACGUACGUGGACAUUCUGAAGAGCGAGUUUCCCGAAAUUGACACUGAAGUGUUUGAUUAUAUUACUGGAGUGCUGGACAGCGGAGGCUCAGAUUUUGAGGAUGGAGCGGAAGUGUUCGACGCCAUUGGUGGAGUUCUACAGGAAGUAGCAGCUGAGAAAAAUGAAGACGACGUCCGAGACAUCUGCCUGCAGCUGUUUAACACGCUGAAGAUCAAUAACUGUCACUCUAACCAGAGGCAGGUGCUGCUGGAUGCUCCUGUGCAGCUCUCUCAGAUCUCUGCAGAGACGGAAUCGGCUGUUAAUGAUGUGCAGGGCAUUUGGAUGGUGAAGAGAACCCAGGGCACGACUGUGGAUGCGAAGAAGUUAGAAAAAGCAGAGGCCAAGCUGAGAGCUAAGCACGAGCGGAGGAAUGAAAAAGACUUGCAGAAACCCUCAAACCCGCUGGUGCUGGAGGAGGCCUCGGCCAGCCAGGCUAGCAGUAAGAAGGAGAGCCGUGUGGAUAUGUCGGGGAAGAAUCGCAGCUACGACAUCCGGAUCGAGAACUUCGACGUGUCGUUUGGAGAGAGGUCUCUGCUGCAGGGAGCCGAGCUGUGUUUGGCGAGCGGUCGCAGGUACGGUCUGAUCGGGAGGAACGGCCUGGGGAAGACCACGCUGCUGAAGAUGCUGGCGAGCCGCAGUCUGCGUGUCCCAGCCCACAUCUCCAUCCUGCACGUGGAGCAGGAGGUGGCAGGAGACGACACGCCCGCACUGCAGAGCGUGCUGGAGAGCGACACGGUCAGAGAGGAGCUGCUCGCCGAGGAGCGCUCGCUCAACGCACACAUCGCCAACGGCACAGCGGAGGGGACUGAAAGCUUGCGUCUGUCAGAAAUCUACGCUAAACUGGAAGAAAUCGAGGCAGACAAAGCACCAGCCAGAGCUUCAGUGAUCCUUGCAGGUUUAGGAUUUUCCCCCAAAAUGCAACAGCAACCAACCAAAGAGUUUUCUGGUGGUUGGAGAAUGAGAUUAGCAUUAGCGCGAGCUCUGUUUGCAAGGCCUGACCUUUUGUUACUUGACGAGCCCACGAACAUGUUGGACGUCCGAGCCAUUCUGUGGUUAGAGAAUUAUUUACAGACGUGGCAGUCCACCAUCCUCGUGGUGUCUCACGAUCGGAACUUCCUGAACGCCGUCGCGACCGACAUCAUCCACCUGCACUCACAGCGUCUGGACAGUUACCGUGGCGAUUACGAGAACUUCAUCAAAACGAAAGAGGACCGACUGAAGAACCAGCAGCGGGAGUACGAGGCUCAGUUACAGUACAGAGAACACAUACAGGUGUUCAUCGACAGGUUCAGGUACAACGCCAACAGAGCUGCACAGGUGCAGAGCAAGCUGAAGCUUUUAGAGAAACUCCCUGAACUUAAGCCUAUAGAAAAGGAGUCCGAAGUCAUUUUACGAUUUCCAGAUAAUUUCGAGAAGCUGUCUCCUCCCAUCCUGCAGUUAGACGAGGUGGAGUUUUACUACACGCCCCAGCAGCAGCUGUUCACCGGCCUCUGCGUCUCCGCUGAUCUCGACUCCCGGAUCUGCAUUGUAGGUGAGAACGGAGCGGGUAAGUCCACGUUACUGAAGCUGCUGAUGGGCGACCUCACACCCGUAAGCGGCACCAGACACGCCCACAGAAACUUGAAGAUUGGUUAUUUCAGUCAGCACCAUGUAGACCAGCUGGACCUCAACGUCUGUUCAGUGGAGCUGCUUCUCAGCAAGUUUCCUGGUCGGACCGAGGAGGAAUACAGGCGUCAGCUGGGGAGGUACGGGAUUAGUGGAGAGCUGGCGACGCGGCCCGUGGCGAGUCUUUCAGGAGGACAGAAGAGCCGUGUAGCGUUUGCUCAGAUGACCAUGCCGUGUCCCAACUUCUACAUCCUUGAUGAGCCGACCAAUCACCUGGACAUGGAAACCAUUGAAGCCCUUGCAAAGUCAUUAAAUACGUUCAAGGGUGGCGUUGUGCUGGUCUCGCACGACGAGCGCCUCAUCCGGCUAGUGUGUAAGGAGCUGUGGGUGUGCGAGGCGGGACGAGUGCAUCGCAUCGACGGCGGCUUCGACGAGUACAAGAGCAUCCUGCAGGAGCAGUUUCAGAAAGAAGGCUACCUGUGAAGCACCUCACUCCAUCGACACGCACACCGUUUAAACUGACGGCAUCACCAUGACCCCAACACGCUCAUUGACUCUGUGUACAAAGUGAACUCCAGCGUACAGUCGCCCUGAGCCAGCUUCCUGGAAGCUGAACCAGAACUGAUACUGAAUUGGUUCCCAUUCCAGUCAGCCCAUUUUCCCAGCUUUCUGAAAUCAUGGCAUCGCUGCUUGCUGCUGUGGCUCACGCUGCGUCCUUUACCGGUCAUGUGACAUGAGGGCAGGCUGAGGAUGUACCCGCUAGGGUUCUCUGCACGGGUUCAUCUUAUUUCUGUACCUAAGCAAAAAAAAAAAAAAAAAAAAAAAACAAGCCUGACGCAAUAAAUGUAAAGUGAGGUGGACGUGUGCCAUUUAUGUUGUUUGGAUGCGGCUGUUGUCGUUAACUUAUCAACAUCAGUUUUAGAACACGCUAAUAAAAACCUAACGUUCAAUCAGUUUUAA